UGUAACAAAAAACACGGAAGUGUCAGUGUAAGCGUUACUUAAGCGGAGACUUGUUACAUAGCGUCCGUAACUGCAUCUUCUUUAUCUGGAAGUUAACACGUCUGUCUGUGACGGUAUAAAGGCUACUGCGCCCGCGCUUCGCUGAGCUUUCGGUCUUCAGUCACUUGCUGCAUUUUAGCGCUCAACUGCGGACAGCAUUACAGUGACGAUGCUUAAAGCCAUCGGCCAAACGUUGUUUUCUUCUGGACUCCAGCAGCCAAAAUUCACUGCUCAACCGAGUAAGGGUGAAGACUAUGAGGUCCGCACUUACCACACAACAAACUGGGUCAGCACAGCUGUGACUGGCAUGGAGCAGGACCCAGCCUUUAGCACAGGCUUCAGAAGACUCUUCAAAUACAUCCAGGGGAAUAAUGACAAGAAGUGUAAGGUGGAGAUGACGGCACCAGUGAGUUGUCUGAUUGAGCCUGGUGCUGGACCCGCAUGUGAAAGCACCUUCACUGUGUCCUUCUACAUCCCUGAGGAACAUCAGGCUGACCCACCCAAACCCACUGAUCCAGAUGCUUUCAUCGAGAACAGAAAAGAGGUCACGGUUUUUGUGAGGACCUAUGGAGGCUUUGCCAACAGUGAGAGCAGCCGUGCUGAGAUUCUGAAACUGAUAGAGAGCCUCAAGAGGGAUGGAAUGAAGUUCAAGGAGGCUCCGUUCUACAGAGCGGGAUAUGACAGCCCCUUCAAACUGACCAACCGCAGGAAUGAAGUGUGGCUGAUCAAAGAUGAGGAAUAAAAGUCCCAACGAUCAAAUGGUCAUGCAUUAUGAUGUGAAUAAAGGAAGAGGGCAAUUUAUUUGUUUGAACUUAACAAUAGUUAUUUUUCAGAUGCUCUGUUUAUUAUGUACCGCAAGUGCCUGUAUGUUUUUAUGAGAAUUUAACACUGUACUAAUUGUAUAUCUCACCAAUAUUUUGAAGCAACAUUUUUAGGUACUGACAGUUAUCUGCUUAAUUAUACAAAAAUAAUGUAGAAAAUAACUUCUAAUUGUCUGUCAGACUGACACAUUGCCUAAAUCUCACUGUUUUCAAUGUCACUAAUAAAGUCUCAAAGCACUUAGGAUCAAGUACUGCAUGACUUGACGGAAUUUAACUUUUUUUUAAAAUGUAAAAUGUAUAAUGUCAUCUGUAUUUUCUAUUUGAGCUGUUUAUGUUGCACUGAAUCUUGAUUCUAAUCAUUUAUGGGAACAAUGACAUUGUAUCAUCUUGACAACUAGUAUUUUGUCAUUUUGGUCUUAAAAUAACCUGUACACAUUUUUAAACACAGCCAUCUAGUGGUUAAAAAUAAAUAAAACUGAGGUUGUUUGGC